ACAGUCGAACUCCGCGCUCGAAACACGUACCGCGACCAUCCCGCGCGCCACCCAUGGACUACGAUCGACCAAACGAAAAUAAAAAUUCAAACUAUUUAAACAACUACAAUAACCCGUCUAACCACUCAAACCCACGAUAAUAUCAACGAACGAACCACGCGAUUAAAGAAAAUGAUACAUUCAGUCGGUUUCGAGAACUUUUGCGGACUUUUAAAUAUUAAAAACAAGUGAUAUAAUCUACUUCAGAUUUCUCUGCACUAUCCACUUUUUUAUUUUUUAUUUAAUCCGAUAAUGCAUCUCAAGAAAUCCUAUCUAUUUAUACAUAAAAAACGACUGAAACUUUCUAACUGCAACCUUUAGACCUUUACACACGAUUUUUAACAAAUAUUUACACUCUAUUUACAAAUGGUUUUGAACAUUAUUUUCUAAAUCCUUAAAAUAGAACAAUAAGUGUGACCAAAGACAUUUUAAAAUACAAUUAGUGUUUCUAAAAAUAUACUUUAGAACUUUAUUUAUAGAUGUGUGCUUCAUCCCAUGUGUAGAAAGACAAUUUAAUAAGUGUGUUUAUUCUAGAAAAUUUGUAAAUUUAGUGAGUGUUUUGGUGUUGUUGUGCAAACAUUUAUGACAUAGCUUAUCUACUUUAAAGUUUUAUCGGUUGAAGAUGUAUUGAUCGGACUGGUGGCAGACGUCACUGAAGAAAGUUCCUCCCUACCUCCUACUCAUGGCUCAAAAUCCCUCCCUUAAAACAUUCCUUAAAUUCUUCUAAAUCUUUAAGCGACGAAAUUAUCUAAAAACAUUCCACUAUCGCGACCUCCAAGUUUUCACCUUAUACCCGAUUUGUGCCUGCGAGUCAGCAACGUUAAAAUAAGAUCAUAUACGCAAGUGAGCUAUAGGAGUACGGUGGAGUAACGCGCGUGAACCUCUUCGGAGGGCGCGAGAGGCCGGCGCGAUGCGGUCUCGCCAGGGAUGUACGUAAUAUAUCCAGCGGACGAAGUAGUUUACCUCACAUACAACUCGAAUUCGUUGCCCCGGAUCCGGCAGCGGCCUACGCUCGACGUGCUCUUCGGGCCGCCGCCGCCUGCGCCCACCAGCGCAACCCCCUCGCCCUUGCCCCCCGCCCCGCCCCGCGCCGCAUCCGUCCCCAAAACGGCGCCUCCGGAGCCCGCGGAGCGCGCGACGGCCUCGCCGACCCCGUCAAAUGACCGGUCGGCCAAGCCGCGCGAGCGCACCAAACCCAAAUUUCUCAAAAAACUAGGCGCUCGUCACGAGGACAAUGAUUUCGGGAAAAUAGUUAGGACCCCUGCACCAGAUUUCGAGUUGCCGGCACCGUUGCCCACUCCGGCGUUUUCGCGGAAAAACAUAUUCGACCGGGACUUCGAUGCAUUAUUCGAAGUGGCGAGUACGCCGCAGUUCACAGCGAACAUUCGCGUGACGACACCGGAGCCAGACCACCACCCUGAUGUCUCAGCGGCUCAUUUCCCAUCCCCGGCGAUCUCGACAUCGAGCUUGCUGCCGCCGCGCCCCUACUCAGAACCUAGUCCCUCGCCCUCGUCCUUCGGCCGCACCUCCACGCCUUCGACGCCGUCGCCACAACGUAUCUCCUAUGAAGGUUCAAACUCGAAGCCGAAGAAGGUUAGUUUCUUCAAACGCAAGUUCAGCCGGUCGCGAGAGGAGUCACCUUGGGUCAACACCAUGCAGCCGCAGCCUUCCAUGGAGAUGGUUCUGCGGGAGCUCAAUCAUCCUGCUCAUAACGAGCAGCUCAAAAAUCAACAACAAGUUACAUUCAAACUAGUCAAAACUGUAUCGGACUUCUCGGCACAGCUGUCACAAAUCUACGAGCGACAUUCUGCCGAGUUGCAAGCCCACGUCGCCACUUUCAGGAAGCGCAAUGCCGAACUUCGCAAGGAGCGAGCAACCUGCCCAUCAUCUCUCUUCCAUACAUGGGAAACUUUACUCCAAGAGGUUGAAGCUGAUGUAGUCGGCUACAGCAAUGCGUCAGCAGCUCUGGAGAGGAAUGUGGCUACACCACUCAUAGACAGAACCUUCCAUUUGAAAGUGCAGGCUCGAAAAGUUUUCGCUCAUCGAGAAGGAUGCGAGCUUAUACUGGCAAAGGCUGAUGAUCAGCUUUUAAAGAGCCGUCAAGAAUACCGUCAAGCGUUCCUCAACUACUGCAUCGCCCCGAACCCGGCUGCGUUGGCUACUUACUAUGACUCGCAUAACAACUAUGUGCAGCAGCUGACGGCCACCAACGCCAUGCUUGAUCAAUAUCAUAAACACACACUGCCUACUAUAUUACAGGAAUUAGAAGAAAUAUUAACAGAUGUUACAUCAGCGGUCAGCGAGGCCAUUUGCACUGGCGGGGAAAUCAUUACAGAUAAGGCCAACGCCCAACUCCGCCGGUACGAGUCUCUCUGCGCGCAAGCUCGCGCAGUGUCCAGCACAGCUGAUCUUGCGCAUCUUGCUCGCACGCUGUUAACUGCCCAGCCGCCAGGGAAGCCGCCCCGACGGGCUUUCCUGCCGCCCUAUCCGCCGGAACCCGAUGACCCGCCAAUGGACGUCCCGGCUGAAAGCAUGCCACCAGUGCUUCGAGGGGAAAUGUUGCUGGACCGUAUGGGAAGUGCGCAGGCGCGGCUCAGCUACGAUCAGCUGAGAAAAGAUGCGCAGGACCUUGAAAUACAGAUUAAACAAUUGCAGGAUAGCCUGGAUGUGUUGAUCCGCCACCAAAGUCGGAGCCUCGAAAGCAAUCUCUUGAACAAAGUUAACGAGAUACAGGAGGAGAUUUCUCUUAAGAAAUACGACUACAGGGCUACGCAGUUACACCUAGCUGCAGUGAGAGCUCAGAGAGAGCUGUUCGCGGCAAAAGCAGACAGCGGCGCCGCGACGGACCGCAAGCUCUCGUCCUCAUCAGCCGGCAGUAUGAAAAACAAAUGGCUUAAGGCUUUCAGGAGUCUAAAACCUCCCAGCGCCCCGCCACCUCACGCCGUCCCGCCCCUGGACAAGAGGAAUGGUGCGGCACGUGAUGCUAUGCGCGGUGGGGACUCUGAUGUCCAUAACUUCCAAGAAUACACAUACAAGAAGAUCACACCUUGUGAUGUUUGCUCACAAGUACUUAGAGGCCACACCCGGCAAGGUCUUCGGUGCAGAUUAUGUAAGAUGAACGUCCAUACCGACUGUAUGCCUCAAGUCGGCAAAUGUCAGACGAAAUCGCGACUCCUGCGCCGCCAGAAAAGCACCUCCGAGAUCGAGGCCCAUAGGGUACAGGAAACCGCUUUUGAAGAAGAAAGUUCGAUGAAGAACUCCAAGAGUGCCCAAAUGUUGAGGCAGGCAGACCGCACCAGUCCCUUACCUGCGCCGCAUUCGCCGAGACGUCAAAAGUUGAACCUUAGAAUGAAGAGCCUAUCCUUGGAUUCACCGGAGUGUGGUGAAUUGAGGCGCCGCCCACCACGAGACCAGGGACCUUCGCAAAGCAGUCGUGUGCUCUGUAGCGGCAGAACGCUUUGCAUGAGGCAUGGUUCUCAAAGAAUUAAUAACCACACAAUACAUAGUUAUAGAGUGCGUUCUUUUUCAUCCCCGUCGUCGCCAGUACAUAGCAAGAGACUACUAAGCGCCCGUAUAGGACGAAUGAGCAGCGUAGAACUACCCGAUGAGCCAGACAAAAGCCUGUCUUCUAAUAGUGCCAGUCCUUGUCCUUCGCCCGUCAAGCAACAUAGCAAACAUCAGCGUCUCCUACCGACAAAUCUCUACGUGAUACUCUACAACUUUAAAUCGCGCCAUGACGACGAGCUCGACCUCAAAGCUGGUUAUAAAGUCACCGUAAUAGACACCUCGGACCCUGAUUGGUGGAAGGGAAAGUGCCUGGGCAAGAUUGGGUACUUCCCGUCUAAGUAUUGCACUAAACUGAACGCUGGGGAACGACCUUUGCAAGUCACGCAUAAUCUUCAGGUAUCUGAUGGCGACAACGGCCUAAUGCUUCUCCGUGACCAAAUCGUCAUCCAAGAAGGUGAUGAGGUUGACGGCAUGGUGAUGAUCCGCUCAGGAGAUAACCGGCAGGGUGUCUGUCCGAUUAAGUUUCUGCAGGAGGUGUGACGCUUCAAACUGCCGCAGUUCGCUCGUUUGAAGAAACGCGGUUCGCUAACAGAAGAAGUGAUACCGUUUUACCCACAGAAAACUGUAAGAAGCGCCCCAGUGACACCUUGUGACAGCGAAACGUCAUGGUAUAGCAACACUUGGAUACCUCAACCGAGUUACGUAAGACCCGUUGCACACAGCUCGCAGAGUGAUGCCUCAACUUCAGAAAAACAUUAUGAUGAAGGACUGUGGUGGUGGCGUAGACCGUUGGAUGUGAGAAGAACACAAUGUCGCAGAUGUGGCGCUAGUUCAUCUUCAAGGCCUUUGAGAAUGAUGCCAUGUGCAGGAGUCGCGCAGGAUGACGAUGGAAGAAGACCGUUGAUGUCCCGUGACCGGCCUUUACUUUUCGUGAGGCAAUUGUUUUUGUAAUAACCUUUUUGGCUAACGGUUAUUGCCAUGGCAAAAUUCGUACCGUAAACUUGGCACUAUGACAAGACUUUUGGAUGGAACCCUUAUGAUAAUUACGUAGGUAUUUACAAAUUGACAAUUCUUGUCACAGUGCCGUAAUAUAUGUACGUAGUAUAAACAAAUUACACACACAUUGUGUGAUAGUAGCGUAGGUGCAAUGUCAGUGAUUAAUUCACAUAUAAAAUAUCAUAGUUAUUAAAAGUAGUUAUUGAGACGAUUAAUGUGAAAUUAAAUGACCUACUAUUGUUUUCUAAUUGGUCCCUCCAGCUCCAGCUACACCAAACUGUUUAUUUUGUAAUUUUAUUGUGGUAUAAACUACCGCUUUUAAAAAUUAUUAUAGAUAUCGCGUAAAAUUUUUGUAGUUGGCGAAAUAUAAUUUGCACCGAUUCGUCUUAGGACAAAGGAGGAAAGGGAACCGUCUCGGUAACGCCCGUGCCGUUUGUACGGUGCUAACAACUAAUUUAAACACUUUUACGCAUUGGCACUUAAUUCUAAAUUUGACAUUCUUUAUGCGGAACUAACUUUGUUGAAUUAGCAAGAAAAGAGUCGGCAGUCGGUAUUUUACGACCUAAUUAAAGGUUUAAAAAAAAGACCUGAUUAGUAAAGAAAUAAUGCAAAACUAGAAUUCAGAAAAAGCAUUUAGCGUAUGCAUGACUCGUACGAUGGAUCAAGACCAUUAUGUCUAUGUAUGCUUUGAGUAAAAGAAGUGUUAAUGAUUUUAUUACGCUGUUGUAAUAGAAAGGAUAAGAGAUAUCAU